CGCCCGACCGAUCAACACGUCUUAUUUUGCUCCGCGUUCAUUUUUCAUUUAUAUUUAAGUAUACAAGUUAUUUCUUUAACUGCGAAGUGGUUCCCUUGGUCAGUGCAAUAAUCACUUAGUUCUGUUAUGUGAUUCAAAAUUGUAGUGAGCUGGUGUACACAGUGUUGAAGUCAAAAUAACUUUUCAAAAAGAAUAAUCCACGCCUCAUGAGUUAUCUACUUGCUACCGCCGCGAUAUAAUAUGCCGCGGUGAUUCGUUAUACGUGUACCAGUGCCUGGUACCUGUUUUGCAACCGGUUUCGCCGCGCUGCGCUGUCCACGUCGACCGCACGUAGCCCAGUUCCGUAUCGCUACGAGGGGGCGGAGCAUCGCAGACUACGAGCGCUACGAUAUUUCUACGCGCUACGUUCUCGCUCGAUUAUUUUAGCAUAGAAGUUUUGAACUAUUGUUGCGUCCGCGUCGAUCGUUUCGAUAUGUCGGACGUUGAGCGUGACACAAACAAAUGCGCCGGCUGCCUAAAAGAUAUCACAUCAGACAGACGUUCCAUGAGAUGUUUUCUAUGCGAAAAGUACUAUGAUUUGUCUUGUUGUGGGCUUUCAGAUAUGCAAUACAAGAAGCUAAACGCAGCCACUAAAACUACCUGGAAAUGCCCCACUUGUCAAGCGCGACUUCGUUCUGGCGGUGACAACAGCGACACUCCGAUUAGAUCAACCAGCAAGUCCACUUCCUCGGUAACGCAACCAGAUUUAGACGCUUACAUUGCAGAAUCUGUUAAUAAGAUCAUAAGCUCGACAAUGGGGUCUAUAAUACUGGACGUCUUAUCCAGGGAACUAAAACCAAUUAAGAGUGACAUGGCACUGCUAAAGGACAUCCAACAUUCAAUUAGCUAUGUUUCUAAUGAACUCGAUGAUAUUAAAAAGAGUUUUACUUUGCUAAAAGAUGAGAAUGCGAAACUGAUUAAAGUGAACGAGGAUUUAAAAGUUACGGUGAAUGAUCUCAACACACGCCUUUGCAUUUUAGAGCAACAUUCAAGAGAAAAUAACUUGGAAAUUAACGGGAUUCCUGAAAAUAAAUCUGAAAAUUUGGUGAAUACGCUCCAACAAAUGGGGAAUAUAAUAUCCCAUCCAAUUCAGGAGAACGUAAUACUCUCGUGCACUCGGGUCCGUAAGCUUGACCCUUCAACAGACAGGCCACGUUCAGUUAUUGUGAAGCUACCUAACACGAAAACCCGGGACAGCAUUUUGGCAGCAGUUGCAAAGUUUAACAAAAAUAAUCCAAACGAUAAACUAAGUUCCAAGCACCUUGGCUAUGGCACCACUAAAUCCCCCGUUUUUGUGACCGAGCACUUAUCACCAUACUUCAAGGCUCUUCACGCUGAAACUAGGAGACUAGCUCGCGACAAAGGUUAUAGGUAUAUCUGGAUAAGGAACGGUCGUAUCUUCAUCCGCAAGAACGACACAUCGCCAGCUAAACAAAUAAGGGACAAGGAGUCACUAAAAUCGAUAUCUUAAUUUAUUGAAGAAC